AUGGCAGUUGCAGUGUGUCCUGAUGAUGAACGUCUCAAUAAUUUAGGUGUUAUUUUCCCUAAUUUUUCAUUUGUCACUCUUGUUGGGCUAGCUGGCACAGACGGUCCUAAAUUAACUAAGGAAGUCAAGACAAGCAAGGGUACGUGUCACUUUACAAGGAUGCCAGAUGGUCAAGACUUGUAUGAAGUUUCUACUUCUGCUGUCUCCUCCAUUUCUUCUUUGCUCAAAAGCUUAGGACAUAGCAUCCACACUUUCCUCUCUCAGCCUGUACUCCUUAUUGUGGAGCUGUUCUCAGUCAACUGA